AGACUCCAAUGAAACCGUAUGUCAAAAUAGAUUACUCCUUUAUAGGUAAUCUGAGCAAAAUGUUGCUAUAUUUCUCGGUUUAUGCGAUAUUACAAUGUGUAACAGUUUCGGCUUCUGGAAGUGUGGACAAAAGAGCACUGCAGAAAUCUCACGAAAAAUCCCAACAAGAAAAAUGGGCAGAUGCCUUUCUAAACAGAAACCAGUUGGAACGACAGUUGGAUCUUGUGAUGCUUUUAAAACAGAUCACUGUUGACUACCUCUCUGACUGUACUCCGAUUAUUCUCUUUGAUACGUUCACGGAAAAAAAGGACAAUUUACUACUAGAAAAACUUUUAACAAGUUUUCCCAUAGCUUAUAUGCACGGUCAAAUUACCGAAGACUAUGAAGUCAAUUUAUUCACAAACAUCGACGAUAUGCAGCCCACAUGUUUAAGCUACUUGCUGUUCAUGAAAGACGUCAUGAAAUCAAAGGAGGUCAUUGGAGAACAAAACAAUGCUAAAGUAAUUGUGAUCGCAAGAUCUUCACAAUGGAGGGUGUUUGAGUUUUUAUCUCACGAGGAGUCUAGGUAUUUUGUAAAUCUACUGGUUAUUGUACAGUCUGAAAGAAUUAUGGCGGCCAAUGAGGAAGCUCCGUAUAUCUUAUAUACGCAUAAGCUUUACAUAGAUGCCCUUGGUUCCAGCAAACCUGUAGUCUUGUCAAGUUUUCAGGACGGAAAUUUAACAAGAAAAGUGGAUUUGUUUCCUAAAAAGUUCAGCGAUGGAUUUUCAGGACAUAGAUUCAUUGUAGCAAUGUCUAACCAACCCCCUUUUGUAAUUUUCAAAGGAGGAAGGAGUAAUGAAGGGGAAAAGAUCUUUGAGGGAAUUGAGGUUAGGUUGGUCAAUUUAUUGUCCAAGUUUUAUAAUUUUACUACUGACUAUAGAGAGGCAACAGAAGAUUCGGACGUGGGGUCAUCAGAAGCAGUAACUAGAACCGUAAUGAGGAAGAAGGCAAAUAUUGGAAUAGGCGGAAUUUAUGUUACUCCAGAUAAGAUGGACAGAAUGGGCUUGACUAGAUGGCAUUCUCGGGACUGCGCAGCAUUUAUUUCCCUCGCAUCAACAGCUCUACCAAGGUAUCGAGCUAUUUUAGGACCUUUUAACUGGACAGUCUGGAUAGCCCUGAUCUUCAUAUAUUUAGGCGGGAUCUUCCCUCUGGCGUUCUCAGAUAAACUUACACUUCGACAUUUAAUUAAAAAUCCAGAAGAAAUGGAAAAUAUGUUCUGGUAUGUCUUUGGAACAUUUACCAAUUGCUUCACAUUUUCUGGCAAAGGAUCCUGGAGUAAAGCUGAUAAAGUGACGACAAAACUCUUGAUAGGGUUUUACUGGAUAUUUACUAUAAUAAUAACAUCCUGUUAUACUGGUUCCAUCAUUGCAUUCGUAACUUUGCCAGUAUUUCCAUCAGUUGUGGAUACUGCCCGUCAGUUAUUGAGUGGAUGGUACCAAAUAGGAGUGCUGGAUAAAGGAGAAUGGCAGUAUUUAUUUCUGAACUCUAGUGAUGACGUAUCUGCAAAAUUACUUAAAAGUCUAGAUUUAGUUCCUACAAUUGAAGAAGGGUUAAAAAACACGACGAGGUAUUCUCUGUGGAAGUAUGCGUUUCUAGGAUCAAGGGCACAGUUGGAUUAUAUUGUCAGAACUAAUAUGAGUACAAGGAGCAAACGAUCUGUCCUACACAUAAGUAAAGAAUGUUUUGUGCCGUUUAGCGUCUCUCUGGCUUAUCCCUUAAAAGCUGUUUAUGGAGACGUAUUAAGCAAUGGAAUUGAAUUGAUUCAAGAAUCAGGUAUUAUGAGUAAAAUAAAAAGUGAUGUAGAAUGGGAGAUGAUGAGAAGCGCCACAGGAAAAUUGCUAGCUGCUAGUUCUGGAGGAGGACUAAAAGCUUUAAGUUACGAAGAUAAAGCUUUAAGUUUGGAGGAUACGCAAGGAAUGUUCCUACUCCUUGGCAUCGGCUUUGUUAUGGCAGGAAUCGCCUUGGUAUUUGAAUGGUUUGGUGGUUGCUACAAGAUAUGUCAACGGAAAAACAGACGCGGCAGUGACGAGUCCAUCGAAAGCAAUCCCAGAACUCAUGCAAGACAAACCAAUAGAAUUAAAUUUAAUUUCCAAGAACACUAUUCCAAGAUUAAGAGAUCCUUCGAAGAUUAUACUCAUGAUGAUUAUACUCAUGAUAAAGAUUAUACUCAUGAUAAAGAUACAAAUGAUGGUAGGGAUGUUAGUAACGAAAAUUCAGAAAAGAAAAGUGAACCAAAACACGAAGAUUCUGAAUUUUGCGUAAAGGACAACCAAAUUGAUAAUAUAAUCGAUGAAAUUUUUGAUAAUGCCCUUAAGGAAGCAAAUACAGAGAGACGACAGUUCGAAUUCGUUAGGCAAAGUGACCAGUCGUAUUCGAGUUUUGUGCGUUUAUUAUUGCGGAAGUGA